AGGCUGGAGACGCGCUGGGCGGGUAGGAACGCUGUCGCAGCCAGGACGCCGAGGGGUCCCCGCCAGCGCUGGGCACUCGGAGCGAGGGUCUGGGCGCCUCCGAUGUCCCCGUCCGGCUGCUGAUACCUGCAUCCUCUUCCCGCGUCGUCGUGGGGCCGCGGAGGUCCCGGCAGAGGCAAAGCGCCUCUUUGGCAAAGCGGGAGUGAAUGGAGGUAAAUUGUUUAACACUAAAAGACCUGAUCAACCCCAAGCAGGCCAGACUAGAGUUGGCAAUUGAAGAUGGGGAAAAUGCACAAAAGGAAAAUAUAUUUGUUGAUCGAUCAAGGAUGGCCCCAAAGACUCCAAUAAAAAAUGAACCAAUUGAUUUAUCAAAGCAAAAAAUCUUCACUCCAGAAAGAAAUCCCAUUACUCCAGUUAAGCUUGUGGACAGACAGCAGACAGAACCAUGGACACCCACAGCCAACCUGAAGAUGCUUAUCAGUGCUGCCAGCCCAGACAUAAGGGAUCGGGAGAAGAAAAAGGGGCUGUUCAGACCCAUUGAAAACAAGGAUGAUGUAUUUACAGACUCUUUGCAGCUUGAUAUUGUCGGAGACAGUGCUGUGGACGAAUUUGAAAAGCAAAGGCCAAGCAGAAAACAGAAAAGUUUAGGACUGCUCUGCCAGAAGUUUCUAGCUCGGUAUCCAAGUUAUCCCUUGUCAACUGAGAAAACUACCAUCUCCCUAGAUGAAGUUGCUGUCAGUCUUGGUGUGGAAAGGAGACGCAUCUAUGACAUUGUAAAUGUGCUGGAGUCCCUGCAUCUGGUGAGCCGAGUGGCCAAGAAUCAGUAUGGCUGGCAUGGACGACACAGCCUGCCAAAAACCCUUAGAACCCUCCAGAGACUAGGAGAAGAGCAAAAAUAUGAAGAACAGAUGGCCCAUCUACAACAGAAGGAGCUAGACCUGAUGGAUUAUAAGUUUGGAGAGCAUAGAAAAAAUGGCUAUCCGGAUUCCCAAGAUCAGCAGUUACUGGAUUUCUCUGAACCUGACUAUUCCUCUUCAUCUGCGAACAGCAGAAAAGAUAAGUCUCUGAGAAUUAUGAGCCAGAAGUUUGUCAUGCUAUUCCUCGUCUCCAAAACCAAGAUUGUUACUCUGGAUGUGGCUGCUAAAAUACUGAUAGAAGAAAGCCAGGAUACCCCAGACCAUAGUAAAUUUAAAACAAAGGUACGACGCCUCUAUGACAUAGCCAAUGUUCUGACCAGCUUGGCUUUGAUAAAGAAAGUGCAUGUAACAGAAGAGCGAGGCCGAAAACCAGCCUUCAAGUGGAUCGGUCCUGUGGACUUCAGCUCCAGUGAUGAUGAACUAGUGGAUGUUUCUGCAUCUGUCUUACCAGAACUGAAAAGAGAAACAUAUGGCAAGAUUCAGGUCUGUGCAAGACAGAGGCUGACUCGUUAUGGUUCCUUUAAUACAGUUCAGACUUCUGAGAGGAUGGAAAGGAAAGUGAUCUCAGAACCCAGCAGCCCAUACAGAAAGGAACAAGGAUCGGGUGGUUAUUCCUUAGAAAUUGGAAGUCUAGCUGCUGUCUACAGGCAGAAAAUAGAAGAUAAUUCACAUGAAAGCACCUCUGUCAGUAAGAGAGUGGUAUCUACAGCAGGCAGCUCAGAGACCGGCUUCCCUGUUGACUCUGAAUACUGUGUUAAUCCAUUAGCCCACCAAGUAUUUUCUGUUGCUCAAGACUUGCCAACAUUCUCCAUGCAGAACAGUCUGAAUGGACAAGUAGGCAUCCCCCUUGCUCCCGUGUCCUCUGAUGUGGAGAGCAUGAAGCCACCUCUGCUUGCCGGCCAGUCCCUGGUGUACGUGCCCUCCACCUCACUGUUCAUGCUGUGUGCAAGCCUGCGGGAGGGACCAUCCCCAGAGUCGGGGUCAGAAGGGGAUGGCAGAAGCUCGGAGAUCCCAGCCACAGCAGAGCUGUCCUUGACACCUUCCAGUCAGAAACGCCUCUGUGAGGACAAGAAGUCCUGGGAGGAGCACGAGCCUGCCACUAAACGACAAAGUCGGGAACUUGAAGACAGCCCCUUAUCCCUGGUCUUGCCCAAGAAACCUUCAGAUUCCAUAGAAUUUGCCCCUGGCAAGAGUAUGGGCAACAGGGGCUCUGCAUCCCUAGAAGACACUCAUGUGCAUGGUCCACACCCUGCGGCAGAAGAGGUUUCAGGAAAUGCUACAGCAAACUGCUUUGUUUCUUCUGAGUGUGAAAAUCCUUCAAGAAACACAGAUACUGAAAAGCCUUCAAAAGGAAAUGAAAGCACCAAAGAAGCAUCUUUGCUGCAGUAUCUUUAUGUGCAGUCUCCAGCUGGAUUAAAUGGCUUCCAUGCACUCCUCUCUGGCAGUCAAACCCCCCACUCUGUGGGACCACCCUCAGGUCAGCUGCCAUCCUUCAGUGUUCCUUGCAUGGUCUUACCGUCUCCGACUAUGGGCCCUUUUCCUGUUGUCUAUUCUCCGGCAAUGCCCGUGCCGAUUUCUUCUGCUCCUGGCACUCUCCCAAACACAGGACCUGUGAAUUUCAGCUUGCCUGGCCUUGGAUCUGCAGCUCAUCUUCUCAUCAGCCCUGCAGCCAUGAUUAAUCCAAAGUCAUCCACGCUGCCUUCUGCAGACCCUCAGUUUCAGGGGCAGCCCUCACUGCACCUGAGUCCUGUGAUGGCAAGGUCACACAACGUCAUCCAACCUGAGUCCCCUGUUUACAUAGGACAUCCAGCCUCAGUCGUAAAAUUACAACAGUCACCUGUUCCAGUGACACCAAAGAGUAUGCGACGCACACACCGUGAGACAUUUUUCAAGACACCUGGCAGCCUUGGAGACCCUGUCCUUAGGAGUAGAGAAAGGAAUCAAUCACGAAAUACCAGCUCAGCCCAGAGGAGACUAGAAAUCCCCAGCAGCGGGCCAGACUAAACUGAUGCUUUGGCAGGUGGAGUGGGAUCAGGCCACCUAAAUUUCCCUGUGUCACGGGCGAUGUCCUCAGUGGAACAUAACCAUGAGUCCUCAGCUCGUGUCCUUGCUCUCUUUCAUUCACUGGUUCUGUUAUCUCCCCAGCGUCGUGGAUCAUCUAUGUUCCUGAAAGUCGUUAUUACUAAUUGUGCAUGUGAUGCCAGCUAGUGCAGGCUCUGCAUGGUGUGUCACACUGAAAGCACUGACUGACUAAUGUGGUUUUGAUUCAAGAAUCAUCUGAUUCCUGGACAUAGAUCUGAACAGGCUUCUGGAGCCUUGUGGUUUUCCUGAAGGGGGGCUGUCUAGCACUUAACCAGGGUAAGCACUCUUGAUAUGUAUUUCCACUUGCCCUGAGUAAAUCUGUGGUGAGAGAACUUUCUUUCUGCAGUUUAAAAAAAGCUACUGCUUCUUUAGGCUUCAUCAGGAAGCCACCUUCAGUUAUGAAUCCUAUGGUAUUAUUUAUUUUGUUCCUAAAAUGGGAUUUAGUGCAAAGAGUUUACAACUACAGCCUGACACAUACUUUUCAGGGUAUGACGACUUGAAUGUUUGUACUUUUUCCUCUAAUUUGCCCUGCACUUACUCUAUAAAUGUAUAUAUAUGACAAGCACCGAGGCCAAAAUAACCGAAUGACACCUGGCUACGACUGAACUGUGCUAACCCGAUCCAGUCAUGAGAACUAAGGUGAAGUCUAGGCACCUAAUGGCUGCUUCUCAAGUAACGUGAGAACAGUGAGGUUUUACUAUUUGUAAAAAUUCCACUGUGUUCAGUUUCUUCCAUUACAUGCCCUAUGGUGUUUUGUUUUGUUGUUUUGUUUAAGUGUUAAUUGUAGAGCACCAGGUAUGGAUGCCUUUUAACAAUCAUUUGUAAAAAAUGAAUCAAGAUGGUAAAAAGUAAUUACCUGGAAAACCAGAGCCUAGGUGAGACUCUGAUUGAAAUACUGAACAGUGAUGGUAUAGAAACAGAUGUAGGUCAAUAAGUAAUUCUUCUGGGCUUCUUUUUUAAACUUGUUUUAUUCUUAAUUUCUUUCUACCCUUGAGAAGGGUAGAAGGAAAAAUGGGCACAUGAUGUUCCAUUGCCAAGAAAAUGCAAACCACAGUUAGAUGGCAUUCCCGCAGAGUAACGGUGAGUGCAGAGGUUCGUUGUUCUAGCACAAAUACAAUUCUGGAAACUGUUAUGCAAUACCCCUUUAUAAAGUACAUUAUUUUAGGGGUUCAUUAAGGAACCAAAUUACUUCAUUGUAGUCUAGAUUUAUUGAUAUUUACUUCACUCUUACUUUCUUCAAAUGGAAUCCUUCGUUCCUUCUCUACUUCCUUUUCUUCUCUCCCUUUCUUUGUUCUCUUCUCCUUGUUAAACUUUUAGCUUAGAUUUAGAAUCUUAGCAUAGAGCUAUUUUGGGGGGGAGCCAAUAAAAUGUUAUAUGAAAAAAUAAAAAUAUUAAUUUAAGGGACUCUGGGAGUCUGAGUAAAGUAGCUUUAUAUUAACUACAGGAUACUGUUAGCCUUAUUACCCCCACAAGAUUUUUGAAAACUUGAGGUAGGUAGCCAGAUUAAAUAAAUCUGCUACUUAUAUCAAAUUUUUAUCAACACUAAACUUUUAAAGUUUACAAGAUGGUAUUUUUCCCCCUUUUUACAGUCUUCUUUGAAGUUAGAUUAAGAAUGUAGCUCCAGCCAUCCACAAUUGCAUAGUAAUGAUUACUCUGAACUAAUACUGAGGGUUCCUUAUGAAAAUACAGCUUUUUCAAGUAGAUUACAGGAUAUGCAGCAUAUAAAUCUGAGCAGGGUACCGACAUUUUAAAUCUAUCAUGCUCUAAAACUUCCACAAAAUGUCUUCACUGAAAGGCCCAUGUUUAGAUGGAAGCAAAUUGUUUUUUUUCCCCUCACUGUUUCCGGAUGCUCUCUCCUUCAUUUAUCUUGUUUGCUGUCUUUUUUUUUAGCUCUGAUAUGACCAUCUUAAGCUCAGAGAAUUCAUGGUUCUUGAGAGGUAUUAAGAAAUAAUCCCCAAAUAAUAAUGUGACAACUUUGUGACCACACUUAGCAAUAGAAAAAACUAAGAAAGAUUCUUUUGUUUUCAAUACCAAUUUUUUAAUGUGGCUUUCAGUUACGUAAAAAUAAUCAGUGGUGGUUUCUGUCAGGAAAAUGAUUCUCUUACAGAACAACUGAUGAUAGUGAAGCUGCUAAGCUCGAUUUGGAGAUUUUGGGGUAGGGAAGAAGCAUUGGCAAUCUUGAGUCUAUCAUUGCUUAAUUUAGUAAAAGAGAACCGUAAUUGUUGGUGAUCCUGCUAAGGAAAUGCAGCUGAGUCAGCACUGAGGAUGUGUGUGCCCUACACUGUCCAGGGUUUGUGAAACCCUUUUCGUUCUGGUACAAGAGUUGGGGGUAUAACUUUUAUACUUGAAUCUACC